GUUAGAGAGUUAUAGUCAUCAGGGGUGUUGAUAGGAAUGUGGUUGUGGGUUUUAAUCUGGAGCAGUAUGGCACUGGAGAAAAUGUCCUUGUUGUUUGGUUACAGUGCAAUUUGAGGUCUUACUUGUGCCUUCCAACUGUUUGGAUGCUGUUGCUUCUAUGUCCAUGCUCAUAUCCCUGUCCCAUUCACCCAAACUUAACACUGCUGAAUCCAGCUGGUGGAAGAAAUGCUCUGAAAUUUUAGCAUGCAGUCAGUCUGGUUAGAUUAACUGUUUAUUUUCAUAUGCCUUCAUAAUAAAGUUAGAAGUUAUUUAAUGAGGUCCAUUCUGUUUACAAAUCUUCAACAAAUGAACAUGUUUCUUUUGCUAAAACCACCUAAAUACUUCUUAGAAGGUGAAAAGUGGAUCACUUGUGAUACAUGCCGAGUCUUCAAAGUUCUAUCACCUUGUAAAAACAGAACAGAAUCCAGAUAUUUUUGUGAUUGGAGGAAAACUCUUGUAUGCAAGUUAUGUAAAUAGAAAUAGAGUUUUGAUUUGAGGGAUGUUAUGCUCACUCUUUUGGGCUUCUCUUAAAAGUGGGAGAGGUGUAGGGAGGAAUACAAAAGGAAUGUAACAGGAAGCUCUAUUGUGCCAUCAAUUCCUUGGUUCUGAGUUCUUACAGACAGCAGUUGAAUCAGGGGAUGGAGAAGGGAAUGAAAUCUGAAGGCAGGCUGCUGGUGGACCCUUAAGAAAUUGCUGAAGUUCUGUAUGGACUGGAACCAUUUGUGAAUGUAGUGAAAAGCCUACCUAAUGAAGCCAGUGCUUGUCACAGGAUUUAGCAGAAAGCAGCUGCAUCAGCCUGGAAACUGCCAUGGAAAAAAUCCUGAAAACAGAAUUGAAAACUUCUCUCCUGAAGGCAUUUGGAAGCUCGGGAGGAGGAUACAUUAGCCAAGGCCAAGCUUAUGAAACAGACAGUGGACGAGUGUUUGUUAAAAUCAACCACAAACCAGAGGCUAGAAGAAUGUUUGAAGGGGAAAUGGCAAGCCUGGAAGCUAUUCAGAAAACCAAUAUUGUGAGAGUGCCUCAGCCUAUUAAAGUAAUUGACCUGCCUGGAGGAGGAGCAAUGUUUGUCAUGGAGUACCUAAAGAUGAAGCACCUCAACAAAUAUUCUUCAAAACUUGGUGAGCAGAUAGCAGAGCUUCAUCUUUAUAACCAGAAACUUGGAGACAAAUUAAGAAAGGAGGGAAACACAAUUGGUAAAGGAGCAGGUCGCUCUGAGUCUCAGUAUGUGGAUAAGUUUGGAUUCCAUAAAGUCACUUGCUGUGGUUUUAUACCACAGGUGAAUGAAUGGCAGAGUGAUUGGCCUUCCUUCUUUAUUCGUCACCGACUCCAAGCUCAGAUGGAUUUGAUUGAAAAAGAUUACGGAGACAGAGAAGCCAGAGAACUUUGGUCACAGAUAAAACUAAAGAUUCCUGAAAUGUUCUGUGAUGUAGAAAUCGUUCCUGCCCUUCUGCAUGGGGACCUGUGGGCAGGAAAUGUGGCUGAGGAUGACUCUGGGCCAAUUAUCUUUGAUCCUGCUUCUUUCUAUGGCCACUCAGAAUUUGAACUGGCCAUUGCCGGAAUGUUUGGUGGAUUUAGCAGCUCUUUUUUCUCUGCCUAUCACAGUAAAAUACCCAAAGCUCCAGGGUUUGAGAAACGAAACAAAUUGUAUCAGCUCUUUAAUUACAUAAACCACUGGAACCAUUUUGGGACAGGGUACAGGGGUUCUACCAUAAAUGUAAUGAAGAAACUUCUGAAGUAGCCAGAUGGGUUUGAGAAAUCCUAACAUAGUCCUUUAGGAAUGAACAGCCCCCACUUGUCAGAAGUAAUGCAAAACUAGGAAUUAAUGGUGGAAUUAAUUGAUGGUAAAACACUUACCAUGCAAAAGGUUAACUACACUUUUGAACCUCACUAAAUAUUAAGAGUGAUUGUGUAACUUUAAACUUAGGCACCAGUUUCCUAGCACAGAUCCUUACCCUGCUGAAGAAAAAGACUGCGUUGUUUGGAAAGAGUUCCCUAGGUUAGAAAAGUCACAGCACAGUCAGCCAAAGCUUACUCUCCAUAGAGUCUCACUUAAUAGCUGCUGCAUUUCCACAGUUUCCAUCUUGUCACUUUUGCUGCUGCUGCUCUAUCAGUAGUUCAGUACUGAGACCUACUGCUGUGGGAUUGCGGUGCUGGAAGUAAAAACUUGUUCCUUACAUCUUCCCUUUUUUGUUCUGCUUUAGUUUUCUAUCUGUUUCCAUCCUUUUCCCCCAUUUAUAUUUGUCAUCUUUUUCAUGUUAAGUGUCCUAAUCCAAAAUUUUAAUCAGGUUCUAUGAAUCUGAAAAUUUAAAAUAUCCUUUUUUUUAUUUAAAGGGUAGACAAGGCCCUUUGGACUGCAGUUGACAAGCAUAUAUAAUUAAUAACAAUUCUAAUAUUUAUUUUAAUUUAAUUUAAUUAACUUACAUGCUUUUGUUAUUUUCUCUUGCUGUGAGAAAUGAAAUUACAGUGGUAUUUUGCAAAAAGGAGGCCUCUGUAGGUCCUUGGCAAUUAACUGUAAAGGCAGAAAGUGGAUUGUUACCACACAAGUUUGAUAACAACAUAUCAUAGUUUUAGUAUGAUAUUUCAGUGUGUUAUACUAUGAUAGUAACAUAUUUGUAUAGCUUUGUAAAGAGAUAACAAAAAGUGGGAGGGAAGCUUAAUGUUCUGAGGACAUGAAAGCGUCUGCUGCUGCUGUGUUGGUUGGUGCUUGAUAUAUUUUCAGUUUUAGAAAAUAACAUGCAGUAGGCAAAGCUGGUCUGGUCUGCCACUGCUGGAUUAUUGAAGUGUCAGAUGGCUUUAUAAUGUUUUCUAAUAGUCCUAAUUCCUUUAUUUUUACAGAAAAAUACAGGCAAUGAGAAUUUGGGGAGGAAAAUGUGCAGCAAAAUUAUUGGCAUACAAUGUGAGAUAGUCUGUGUUAGCAAAUCCAGAGUUGUUUUUUUUAAUGGAAGAAAAUGGUAAAGAGAGCAACUCUAAGUGCAGUCCAACAAAAUGCUGAUGUGAAUCAGAAGAUCUGGAUAACAAUGACUGAAUUUAGGUGUUUAGGCUUUAGACUGUUGUCACAAUACCUAAAGUGUUAAAAAAUGCUCAAAUAUUUUCAGACUUUCCCCCAACAUUUAAAUGGCUGUGCUAGUGAAGAUUUCAAGUUAGAUGUUCUAAUUUAUACAAGUUGAAAAAUGCAUUUAAUCAUCUGUAAAUAUAUUUUUUUUUUUACUUACCUUGAUGCUGGGCUACAGCUGAAGAAAGUUUUCAUGGGUGUGGUAGUAACACUUAAUUCUAACGGUGGGAAAGUGGAAUAAUAGAGUAAGAAUACAAUUGAAAUCCUAGCUGGUAGCUGGAAGAUCCAGGUCUGAGGAAAGAGCAAAGUGCCUGUGUCCCAGCAUUUAUUCAUGUUAAUAAAAAUUCAUAUAUCACAUUGGAAAGUACACAUUAAUUUCUUCUCAAAUAAAAUCCUUGCCUUGCAGAAA